GGGGCCGUGCUGCGCGGAGUGCCAGGCUGCGGGCGGCGGCAGACCCGGGAGCGGAGACAGGCCCGCCGUCCCCGACGCCGCCGAGCAAGUCAGCUGCGCGCAGCCGCGGCUGGGAGACCGACGGGCAGAACGACGGGCGGCGGCUGCGGCGACCGCGGGACGGGACUGGAAUCCGCAGCUCGGACCGCGCCAUGGACGGCACCGACAACGCGACCCUGCUCUUCGCCCCUCUGCUGCGGGACAACUUCACCCUGGCGCCCAACGCCAGCAGCCCGGGCCCUGGCACGGACCUCGCCCUCGCCCCUGCCUCCAGCGCCGGCCCCGGCCCCGGGCUCAGCCUCGGGCCGGGUUCGAGCCUCGGCUUCACCCCGGGUCCCACUCCGACCCCGGAGCCCACGACCAGCGGCCUCGCGGGCGGCGCGGCGAGCCACGGCCCUUCCCCGUUCCCUCGGCCCUGGGCGCCCCACGCGCCCCCGUUCUGGGACACGCCGCUGAACCACGGGCUGAACGUGUUCGUGGGCGCCGCCCUGUGUAUCACCAUGCUGGGCCUGGGCUGCACGGUGGACGUAAACCACUUCGGGGCGCACGUCCGCCGGCCCGUGGGCGCGAUGCUGGCCGCGCUCUGUCAGUUCGGCCUCCUGCCGCUGCUGGCCUUCCUGCUGGCCCUCGCCUUCAAGCUGGACGAGGUGGCCGCCGUGGCGGUGCUCCUGUGUGGCUGCUGUCCCGGCGGCAAUCUCUCAAAUCUUAUGUCUCUGCUAGUUGACGGCGACAUGAACCUCAGCAUCAUCAUGACCAUCUCCUCCACUCUUCUGGCCCUUGUCUUGAUGCCCCUGUGCCUGUGGAUCUACAGCUGGGCUUGGAUCAACACCCCUAUCGUGCAGUUACUACCCCUAGGGACCGUGACCCUGACUCUCUGCAGCACUCUCAUCCCUAUCGGGUUGGGCGUCUUCAUUCGCUACAAAUACAGCCGGGUGGCUGACUACAUUGUGAAGGUUUCCCUGUGGUCUCUGCUGGUGACUCUGGUGGUACUUUUCAUAAUGACCGGCACUAUGUUAGGACCUCAACUGUUGGCAAGUAUUCCUGCAGCUGUUUAUGUGAUAGCAAUUUUUAUGCCUUUGGCAGGCUACGCUUCAGGUUAUGGUUUAGCUACUCUCUUCCAUCUUGCACCCAACUGCAAGAGGACUGUAUGUCUGGAAACAGGUAGUCAGAAUGUGCAGCUCUGUACAGCCAUUCUAAAACUGGCCUUUCCGCCGCAAUUCAUAGGAAGCAUGUACAUGUUUCCUUUGCUCUAUGCGCUUUUCCAGUCUGCAGAAGCAGGGAUUUUUGUUUUAAUCUAUAAAAUGUAUGGAAGUGAAAUGUUGCACAAGCGAGAUCCUCUAGAUGAAGAUGAAGAUACAGAUAUUUCUUAUAAAAAACUAAAAGAAGAGGAAAUGGCAGACACUUCCUAUGGCACAGUGAAAGCAGAAAAUAUAAUAAUGAUGGAAACCACUCAGACUUCUCUCUAAAUGUGGAGAUACACAGGAGCUUCUGUCUUGCUGAAAUAUUGCUUCAUAUUUAUGGCGUGUGGUAGUGCACAUGGUUAACAUAAAAGAUGACACUGGUUCACAUCAUACAUGUAACAAUUCUGAUCUUUUCACUUUAAGGUUUGCUGGUGUAUUAACCAAACGUUGUCACAAAUUACAAAUCAAUGCUGUAAUAUAAUUUGCACCUGGAAUGGCUAAUCUGAAGUCUGAAUUAAAUGUGCUUUUUAGUUUUUACCAUCACCAA